UGACCGAAGUUAUGUAAUGUUAUAUGCUGCGUUUGAAAUGAAUAGUGCUGUCUCGAAUUAUAACAAAUUUAUGGCAACUAACUGAGGUCCUUAAACCAAGUUGCAAAACACAGUAUAAUGGAAGGUGUACACCUAAUAAUUGCUGUCGGAGUGAUAAGUACAGCACAUAUUGUUUUUGCAAACUCCCCAACUCGUCUAUGGCCCUUCGACAACAGUACAUAUACAACUGAGGUUCAGGAACCCUCGACAGAUCCUGUAGAUACUGGUCAGUGUGGACGAAUAUUUGGAGGUCAGCCCCCAGAUUAUCCUAACCCAGUUGUCGAACUUGAUGGACUGACUCCUGUUGACUUGGUAAUUGAUGCGACAAUUGAUUCCAACAAAGAUUAUUCAUUUUCAAUGAUGGUGAGACCAACCGUUGAUACUGGAGCAUUGUUGCACUAUAAACCAAACGAUUCAACACAGCAAUUAAAAGAACUUGCUUUAUAUAUAUCUGGAGGAUAUAUUCACAUGGAAAGAAUUCUUAAUACCGAAUCCGAAAUAUCUCCACCAUCAACACAGCAGAUCCCAACAAAUAAUUGGCAUUUCAUAACUUUCGGAAUAGACAUAAGCAAUGGUAAAAUGAUCAUCAAUUUCAAUGGAGGCAAAAUAGAACAUGAUAACAGUUAUCGUGACAAUGUUGACUUUGUUAUUCCCGGCAUUUUACGUGUUGGUGGUAUGUUUGAUGAACGAAAACCUAAUUUACAAGGCAGAGUUGCAUGUGUUGCAUUUUACAGUAAUGAAAAAGAACCAGCGAAAAGUGAUUCAGAACCAUCUUGCAAGGCUGGGAAUUGGAUAAAAAACGAACCCGACUGUUCAACACCACAAGCGGUCCAAAGAACUGAAACAGCAGCUGGUUAUUUUAUGAUGGAAAGAAAUAUUCAACUCAGUACUUUGAACCAGAUGUCAACAAGUCCGAAAUGUACCAAGCUUCGAUGCGCUGUAUCAUGUCUGAGACACCAAAGCUGCUGGUACUAUAGGUAUGAGCCAUCGGCGUCAGGAUGUUCACAGUGUACUUUGUAUGAUAGUAGUAUUACUUCUUGGAAGGGAACAGGUGCAGGAGACAAUUUCUUGUAUAAAUGGAAAUAGAAAUAAUACAACAUGGUUUUACAUCAAACUAAAUGCCUUUAUUACAGGCCUUAAAAGUUACAUUUUCUAAGAUGAAAAUUAUAUUUCCUAAUACUUGUUUAUUUGUAUCUGAAAAUGGUUAAAUUGGAAGACAAGAAAGACCUUCAUAAUGGCGGCAUAUCUAACAGUUUUUACGCUACAGUGACAAUUCUGUGUCGCUAAGAGGACUACAAUUACGAGAAACAUUCCACAAGAACGAAAUCUUUUCAACCUGUAGCUGGUCAUUCUCAAUGUAACUCACUGUAAUAUGCCUUAUUCGUUGACAAGGUCUUAAAAGCAAGAAACAUCUUUUUAAUCCCUAUGAUUUGAAAAACGCACUGCAAAUUUAGAGUAUGGUUUUUUUUAAAGGAAAUGUUUGUUGAUGUGUCGGAUGUUUGAUAAAUUACAGUAUUGUG